AUAGACCACUCCCCUCCUGUCAGGCAGCGGUUACAGAGGCGGCCAGGUUUCCACCCCUCCGCCGACUAGUGUAGCGGCGGCGGCAGCAGCAGCAGCAGCACAGCGGAGGGACUAAAAAAAAAAUGCGGAAUGGCUCCUGUCGCUUCGGACACGCAGGUUUUGAAAGCGCCGUGUAGCUGCUGGCUCGUUAAUGUAACGCUUUAGCGCGCUUUUGUUUUUUUCCACCUCCACGGGCCGCGGCUACUUCCUGGUGCCACAGCGAGAGGCAGUGCUGAGUUGAGAGAGAGAGAGAGCGGGGCCGGAGAUACCAGCGUUUUGGCUAAGGAUUCACGGACAUUACAAAGGCCUUCCCUCUCUCUUUUUAUUUUUCUACUUUUUUUUUUUAUCACAUUCCCAGUCUGCCAUCUUAGUCUCCCCCCCCAACCCCCCUCCUCUUUUCUCGUCUGCUUCGUACACCACCAGGCGGAUUGGAUGACGCUCGGCUGCGGUUAAUAGCGGAAUCGUAACGGGGGAACGGAUUCCUCCCUCGCCCGAGAAGCCUCUCAGACGAGAGAUUAUUCUGUUCCUUUUUUUUUUGGGGGGGGUUAAAACACUCGAUUCAUUCCGUCAUCAUUUCUCAAGCCGGGUAUCGCUGUUGUUUUUUUGUUGUUGAUUUUUUUUUUUUUUUUUACGUUUUUUUUUUUUUUAUUUUUUUUUUUUUUUACUGGCGACGGAAGAUGGGUUGUUUGGGCAACAGCAAGACUGAAGACCAACGCAUCGACGAGAAGGCUCAGCGAGAGGCGAAUAAAAAGAUCGAGAAGCAGUUGCAGAAGGAGAGACAAGCGUACAAAGCCACACACAGGCUCUUAUUGCUGGGCGCUGGAGAGUCUGGAAAAAGCACCAUUGUGAAGCAGAUGAGGAUUCUCCACGUCAACGGCUUCAACGCAGAGGAAAAGAAACAGAAGAUCCAGGACAUACGGAAAAACGUAAAGGAUGCCAUAGUGACAAUAGUGUCAGCGAUGAGCACUUUAAUACCCCCUGUCCCGCUUGCCAACCCAGAAGACCAAUUCAGAAUCGAGUACAUCAAGAGCAUAGCACCUCUCUCGGACUUUGACUAUUCGCAGGAGUUCUUUGACCAUGCAAAGAAGCUGUGGGACGACGAAGGGGUGAAAGCAUGCUUCGAGAGGUCCAACGAGUACCAGCUCAUCGACUGCGCACAAUAUUUCCUGGACAGAAUUGACUCUGUAAGACAGAGCGACUACACACCAACAGACCAGGACUUGCUACGCUGCAGAGUGUUAACUUCAGGGAUUUUUGAGACGAAGUUCCAAGUCGACAAAGUCAACUUUCACAUGUUCGAUGUUGGCGGCCAGAGGGAUGAGAGGAGAAAAUGGAUCCAGUGCUUUAACGACGUCACUGCCAUCAUCUUUGUGGUGGCCAGCAGCAGCUACAACAUGGUAAUAAGGGAAGACAACAACACCAACCGGCUACGGGAAGCCCUGGACCUCUUUCGCAGUAUUUGGAACAACAGGUGGUUACGCACCAUCUCCGUCAUUUUGUUCCUCAACAAGCAGGACAUGCUCGCCGAGAAGGUUUUAGCUGGAAAAUCCAAAAUUGAAGACUACUUCCCCGAAUAUGCUCGCUACACCAUACCAAAUGAAGCAAAUCCUGAACCCGGCGAGGACCCCAGAGUGACGAGAGCAAAGUUCUUCAUCCGAGACGAGUUUCUUCGGAUCAGCACGGCGAGCGGCGACGGCCGACAUUACUGCUACCCGCACUUCACCUGCGCCGUGGACACGGAGAACAUCCGGCGGGUGUUCAACGACUGCCGGGACAUCAUCCAGAGAAUGCACCUGCGGCAGUACGAACUCUUGUGAUGGGGGCGCCGUUCUGCAUCCUCAACCACGAACCCUGACCUCCCCCCCCUCCCGUCCCCCCUCCCCCCCUCCACGGUCUCUACGCACCACCGCACCCUGCUGUCGAGGACAACGAAGUACUACUGAAGUGUGUCAAAUCCUCUUCUCUGCUUUUCUUGAUUACUAUUGUUAUUCUUAUGGAUUGAUUUAUUUUAAUGUUUCCUUUUGAAGGCCUUGACUCGUCAUUCCACUAAGCUUCACGCUACCUCCUUUCUUUGCCCCCACCCUCCUCUUUUUUUUUUUUGCCUUGUCUUUGGACCUGAAGACACCCGCAGGAUGUGUGUGAGCGCGCGCGUGUGUAUGUGUGUGUGUGUGUGUGUGUGUGUGUGUGUGUGUGGUCGUGACCCCUCCCACUGGUCCUCCACCUGCCCAUGUGCGGAAAAUACGGAUGAAGAGAUAAAUGCACUUUGGCAUCAACUUCCUUUUAUUUUGUUGUUGUUGUUGUUGUUUUAACUACUUUGCUGGUUCUCCAGAGGAAGCGUACACACAAUGUAGCAUCGCGAUAUUUAUUACCCCCGUCACCACGCCGGCGCCGGGCCAAGAGAGAUGCGGAGGCUGCACGGCAAGAAGAAUUUUUUCAAAAGUGAAUGAAAAAGAGACUGAGC